CGAACCAAGGGGGAUUCGGAUCACCUGGACAUUGAUUAUGAGUUUCGGGGGGAUCCCAGUCCCAGGAAAGCCAGGAACCUUUCUGAAGAAAAAUUUCCUUGGAUGCAUCGAGAACCUUUAUUAUAAUGGAGUCAAUAUAAUUGACCUUGCAAAAAGGCGUAAACCUCAGAUCUACACUGUGGGCAACGUGACUUUUUCCUGCUCAGAGCCACCAAUUGUUCCAAUCACCUUUAUCAGUGCCAGCAGCAGCUAUUUGCUUUUACCUGGCACCCCCCAGAUUGAUGGGCUGUCAGUCAGCUUCCAGUUUCGAACGUGGAACAAAGACGGGCUGCUUCUGUCCACGGAGCUGUCUGAAGAUUCUGGAGUUCUCCUGCUUUACCUUCACACUGGCAGGUUGACACUUGUCAUACAGAAAGUGGCAGAAAACUCCAUGGAGAUCAGUGCAGGCAGCAAUCUCCAUGACGGGCUCUGGCAUUCAGUUAACAUAAACGCCAGAAGGCAUCGCAUCACCCUGACUCUGGAUAACGAUGUCGCCGCAGCUGCUCACGCAACCACUCUCUCACAGAUCUAUUCUGGGAACAGCUACUAUUUCGGAGGGUGCCCUGACAAUUUCACCUAUUCCCAAUGUUUAAAUCCCAUUACUGCUUUUCAAGGCUGCAUGAGGCUCAUCUUUAUUGAUAACCAGCCCAAGGACCUCAUUUUAGUUCAGCAAAGUUCCCUGGGGAAUUUUAGUGAUUUACACAUUGAUCUGUGUGACAUCAAAGACAGAUGUUUGCCCAACUACUGUGAACAUGGAGGAAAAUGCUCCCAGUCCUGGACCACCUUUUACUGUGAUUGUAGCGAAAUGGGUUACAUGGGAGCAACCUGCCAUAACUCCAUCUAUGAGCAGUCGUGUGAAGCCUAUCGUCACAAAGGGAAGACGUCUGGUUUCUUCCAUAUUGAUUCUGAUGGAAGUGGACCGCUUGGACCAUUCCAGGUUUACUGCAAUAUCACGGAAGAUAAGAUCUGGACUGCGGUACAGCACAACAACACAGAGCUAACCAGAGUUCAAGGGGCUGAUCCUGAGAAACCAUAUGCCAUGUACUUUAACUACAGCAGCAGCCUGGACCAGAUUGAGGCCAUGAUAAACAGCGCAGAGUACUGUGAACAGGAGGUGGCUUACCACUGCAAAAAGUCACGUCUGCUGAACACCCCGAAUGGAAUGCCAUAUGUUUGGUGGGUUGGCCGUGCCAAUGAAAAGCAUCCUUACUGGGGAGGAUCUCUUCCUGGAGUUCAGCAAUGUGCCUGUGGACUGGAAGAAAGUUGUCUGGAUAUGAGAUAUUUCUGCAACUGUGAUGCCGAUAAAGAAGAAUGGACACAUGAUACUGGCCUUCUUUCCUUCAAAGACCAUUUGCCUGUAACUCAACUUGUGAUCACUGACACAAACAGGUCAAACUCGGAGGCUGCUUGGAGAAUCGGCCCCUUGCGUUGCCAUGGAGACAGACAGUUCUGGAAUGCAGCUUCCUUCAACACAGAGGCCUCCUAUCUGCACUUCCCCACCUUCCAUGCAGAGUUCAGCGCAGACAUUUCCUUUUUCUUCAAAACCAUGGCUGUGUCUGGGGUCUUCCUGGAAAACCUUGGGAUUAAGGACUUCAUCCGCAUCGAAAUAAGCUCCCCUAAGGAGAUCACCUUCUCCAUAGAUGUUGGAAACGGGCCUAUAGAAGCUACGGUGCAGUCUCCCACGCCUCUGAAUGACAACCAGUGGCACUUUGUCCGAGCCGAGAGGAACCUCAAGCAAACAUCUCUUCAAGUGGAUAACCUUCCUAAAAAGAUUCUGGAGGCAUCUGCCGAGGGGCAUUUUCGUUUACAGCUUAACAGUCAAUUCUUUGUAGGAGGAACAGCUUCAAGACAGAAAGGUUUCCUGGGAUGCAUCCGCUCUUUACAUUUAAAUGGGCAGAAACUGGACCUGGAAGAGAGGGCUAAAAUGACCCCUGGAGUCAAGCCUGGCUGCCCGGGACACUGUAGCAGUUAUGGUAAUCUCUGUCACAAUGGAGGCAAAUGCGUGGAGAAAUACAACGGUUAUUUCUGUGACUGCACCAGCUCUCCCUACGAAGGGCCCUUCUGCAAGGAAGAGGUUUCUGCAGUGUUUGAAGCUGGCACCUCAGUUACCUAUAUUUUCCAAGAGCCUUAUCCAGUGACAAAAAAUGCAAGCACUUCAUCCUCUGGCAUUUAUGCAGACACCAUUAUGUCCAAGGAAAACAUUGCAUUUAGCUUCCUGACAAGACGUGCUCCAAGCCUCCUGCUCUACAUUGACACCUACUUUCAUGACUAUUUGGCUGUGAUUCUCUCCAAAAAUGGAAGCUUACAAGUCCGAUACAAGUUGAAUAAGGAUGGCUUCUUCAUUUUCACCAUUGAUUCUGGAAACCUUGCCAACCGGGAAUUACACCAUGUGAAGAUCAACAGAGAAGGAAAAGAACUCCUCAUUCAGGUUGAUCAAGUUCUCAAACUCAAGUACAACCUCUCGGAGAUUGACUUCAAGGCCAUCAAAUCGCUCACCUUGGGCAAAGUCAGAGAUAGUCUGGGGCUAGAUUCUGAGGUCUUGAAGGCGAACUCACAUGGCUUUACUGGAUGUCUGUCCUCUGUCCAGUACAAUCACAUAGCUCCACUGAAGGCCGCCUUACGACAUCCCAGCAUAGCCCCCGUGACUGUCAAAGGCUCCUUGACUGAAUCGAGUUGUGGAUACAUAGCAGAGACUGAUGUGAACACCAUCACCACAGUGUAUUCCUCAUCAGAUCCCUCUGGGAAGUCGGAUGAGCGGGAGCCCCUCACCAAUGCAAUCAGAAGUGAUUCAGCUGUUAUUGGAGGUGUAAUAGCAGUCGUAAUAUUCAUCAUCUUUUGCGUCGUGGCCAUCAUGAGCAGAUUCCUCUACCAGCACAAACAGGCACAUCGAAGUAGCCAGGCGAAGGAGAAAGAAUAUGCAGAAAACCUCGACAGUUCCUUUAAAACUGACAUAGACUUGCAGAACACAGUGAGUGAGUGCAAACGGGAAUAUUUCAUCUGAUGGAUUGUGUGGUUCCUUCUUACUCUCCUCCCCACACCUGGCCUUUUUUCUUUUCUUACCCAUUAAUUUAUUUGCGAGCUUUUAACCUUUUGGAAGGAGACUGCCCUGCACAGAAGAGACUGGCAGACACUUCAAUGCCUCAUUCCCUUCACAAAAACUAUCACAGUUACAUCGACAUCUCAAGAGACCUUCUGUUCUACUCUGGACAGAAUAAGUUCACGGACUUGCAUGGUUGCCUAUUAAGUUUCUGGAUUUCUCAAGUCUUGUGUUGUUUUCUGGAACCAUUUAGCUCACCACUUUGUGUUCGAUCUGAACUAUAUAAACUAGAGGUAAAGUACUGUAGCUAAAUAAAUAGCAUCACGGCUUUUGGGACAGGGUAGCAGGAAAGAAUGAGACCAAAAUGCCUGAUUUAUUAUAAGAUCCAUUUACACCAAUCAUAAAGUAGCAGCUAGGUCCUCAGUUGAUGUAAUUUGCCAUCAAACUGUUGACUUCAAUGGAAUUACGCCAGUUUUCACCAGCUGGGAAUCUGGCAAGAAGUUAAAAUUAUUAUUUUCGUUCUCUCCUUAAGCUCAUUCCCCCAUCCUGCUAUCUUUUUACUGUAACUUUUAGGCUUAAAAAUGCAUUUAAAAAAUACAGGAAUACUGAUACCAGCACUGGACAAAAUUCAUUCCAGUGCACCUUGUAUACCUCCGUCUCAUAAGUCUGGCUAUUUAGAACCAACGUACUCUAGCAUAAUUCUAGAUGAAGCAUGGAAGAUAGUACUUAAAGGGUCUUAGGAGGCUUCUAGGACUUAGAUGCUCUAUAAAUUUCUCUGAUGACUUGUCUGAAACAUUAGAAGUGCAGCAUACACACACUAACAUCAUAUAGAGAAUGAUUAUGUGCUGAGGUCAAACUCUUAAGCAACUAUGGCGAAUUAAAAACAAACAAAAGAGGAAGACAAACCAACCCCACCCAAACUAUGAGAUCUAAAUUCUGCUGAUUCAUAUAAAAAAGCCAAAAAUUGUUAUUAAAUUACUUCUAAAAAACUGCAUGAAUGAAGCGAUAGUGCUUCCUGUUUGUAGAAACCAGGAUGUUUCCCCUAAGAAUAAGGAAAAGGUGGCUUUUAAAAAUUGUAGCCAGACAAAGUGGACGAGGUUCAUAUCUUUUGUGGACGGACUUCUGCUGGUGAAAGAGACAAGCUUUUGCGCAUACAUAGAGCUUUUCAUCAUCUAAGCUCGAAAGCUUGUCUCU